AUGGACGCCCAGAUGGGAGGCAGCGGCGGCGGCUCGCUCACGCUCAAGCCCGAGGACAAGCUGCUGCAGGAGAAGAUUGCCGCCGCAGAGUCGGCGGCGGCCAAGAUCGAGGCGACACGCAAGUCGCUGCCCGUCUACGCGCUGCGCGAGGAGCUGCUCGACGCCAUCGCCGAGCACCAGGUGCUGAUCGUCGUGGGCGAGACGGGCUCGGGCAAGACGACGCAGCUGCCCCAGUUCCUGCACGAGGCCGGCUACACGCGCGGCGGCAAAAAGGUCGGGUGCACGCAGCCGCGGCGCGUGGCCGCCAUGAGCGUGGCGGCGCGCGUGGCCGAGGAGAUGGGCGUGCGCCUGGGCCGCGAGUGCGGCUACAGCAUCCGCUUCGAGGACUGCACCUCGGACGUCACGGUGCUCAAGUACAUGACCGACGGCAUGCUGCUGCGCGAGUUCCUCACCGAGCCCGACCUGGGCGCCUACUCGGCCCUCAUCAUCGACGAGGCCCACGAGCGCACCCUCAGCACCGACGUCCUGUUCGGCCUGGUCAAGGACAUUGCGCGCUUCCGCCCGGACCUCAAGCUCCUCAUUUCGUCGGCCACGCUCGACGCGGAAAAGUUCAGCGAGUACUUUGACGACGCCCCCAUCUUUUACGUCCCCGGCCGCCGAUACCCGGUCGACAUCCACUAUACGCCGCAGCCCGAGGCCAACUACCUGCACGCCGCCAUCACGACCGUGUUCCAGAUCCACACGACGCAGCCCAAGGGCGACAUCCUCGUCUUCCUGACGGGCCAGGACGAGAUCGACGCGGCCAUGGAGAACCUGCAGGAGACGAGCCGGGCGCUGGGCAACAAGAUCCCCGAGCUCAUCGUGUGCCCCAUCUACGCCAACCUGCCGUCCGAGAUGCAGGCCAAGAUCUUUGAGCCGACGCCCGAGGGCGCGCGCAAGGUGGUGCUGGCGACCAACAUUGCCGAGACGAGCAUCACGAUCGACGGCGUCGUCUUUGUCAUUGACCCGGGCUUUGUCAAGCAGAACUCGUACAACCCAAAGACGGGCAUGGCGGCGCUGACCGUGGUGCCGUGCUCGCGCGCCUCGGCCAACCAGCGCGCCGGGCGGGCGGGCCGCGUGGGGCCGGGCAAGUGCUUCCGGCUCUUCACCAAGUGGGCCUUUCAGAACGAGCUCGACGAGAACACGACGCCCGAGAUCCAGCGGACCAACCUGGCCAACGUCGUGCUGCUCCUCAAGAGCCUGGGCAUCAACGACCUGCUCAACUUUGACUUUCUCGACCCGCCGCCCACCGACACGCUGAUGCGCUCCCUCGAGCUCCUCUACGCCCUCGGCGCGCUCAACGACAAGGGCGAGCUGACCAAGCUGGGGCGGCGCAUGGCCGAGUUCCCCGUGGACCCGCAGAUCUCCAAGGCCAUCCUCGCCUCGGAGCAGUACGCGUGCACCGAAGAGGUGCUGUCGAUUGUCUCGAUCCUGCCCGAGGCCGGCUCCCUCUUUUUCCGGCCCAAGGACAAAAAGGUGCACGCCGACAACGCGCGUGCCGCCUUUUUGCCGCCGCCGCCCGCCACGGCCGGUGCGCCGUCCGGCGGCGACCACUUCCACCUGCUCAACAUCUGGAACGCCUAUGUCGAGUCCGGCUACGCCACCAACUGGUGCGUCGACAACUUCCUCCAGCCCAAGGUGCUGGCGCGCGUCCGCGACGUGCGCGACCAGCUGGCGGCGCUGUGCGAGCGCGUCGAAAUCGUACCGGCCUCGGUCGCCGACUCGGGCGGCAGCGGCGCCGGCGGGUCGCGGGACGGCAACGAGAGGAUCCAGCUCGCCAUCCUCUCUGGCUACUUUAUCAACACGGCGCGCCUGGCAAAGGGCGGCGAGACGUACAAGCCCAUCAAGGGCACGGCCGCGGUGCACAUCCACCCUUCGAGCGCGCUCUACAAGCAGAUUCCGCAGCCCAACACGGUGUGCUUUUUCGAGCUGGUCGAGACGAGCAAGAGCUUCAUGCGCCAGUGCAUGGCCGUCCAGCCAGGGUGGCUGCUCCAGGUGGCCAAGCACUACUUUACGCCCGACGACGUCGUGGAAAAGCAAAAGGGCCCGCGCAACGUCGGCGCCCCUGCUGCAGCGGCGGCGGCGGCCGGUGCUGCGGCGAAAGAGGCGCGGGCCUAA